ACAGUGUAUAUUUGCCUUCGAAACGCGUACGACGUGUUUACGAACGUCGCUCUCACUCUUUAUAUAUUCAGCCAUAAGAGAAAUUAUUAUAACAAUAACAGUAUACCAAUAAUCAUUUAAAUUCGUCUUCGUUAGUCAUUAAUUACUGCACUUCGGUAAAUUUAGACAAAUAUAUAUCGGUUUAAAAAAACAAUAUCUUUCCGCCGUCGUUCAAAACAACAACAACGUGAGGAUUCAACUACCGCGGUUGAAAACAGGCAGUUCGUCACUCCAAGGCGUUCCAAUGGAUUCGCAAGUGAUAAGUAGUGUGUAGCGGCAAAAGUUAUUGCCGCAAGGUCUCCGUAUAAUAUAUGGAUCAUACCUUAAUUCGAUCAUAAUCGGCAAGAGGAGCACCCAGAUGUGUGCAAAAUCCCGCCGUCACCACUUGUGCGAUAGUGUGCUUGGUUUCGUCUGUCAUCCGAAUGCAACAAACGGUCACCGGCGUGCUGCACAACAUUCAUCGACAUCGGCGGUCCAUCGCCUGCUGUGAUUAUUACAACCUCGUGUUGUGUUGUUAUCCUUUCGGUCAAUUCGAGGUACAAUCUGAUCUAUCAUUCGCCGCACGAAAACAGAACUAGCCGAGAGAUAGAGAGCGAACGAGAGCGAGUGACAAGGAGAGCCUACUAUGUUGUAGAAUUCGUCCUCGUCGCACCGCGCACACCACCUACCGCACACACACUCUCGCGGUCCAGGGUGAAAAAGCGCGCAUCGAAAGUGAAGACUCCAGUGUGAAACCUAGACAGUGUUUCGCGUAAGUGUGAUAAAUCAUUUCUCGCUCAUCACACGCGCAGCCGACGACAUUGUGCAAAGAGCUCUCCUCGCUCGUUGAACCGAAAUGCAAGUAAUUAAUAUUCUUUUUUUCGGCUGCUGAAAAUUCAUCGUCGCGGUAGACGUCGUGGGAUGUUUGUGUACUAUUUCUACUAUUGAUCGAACAUUUUUCGCGUGUUUUGUCAUAAAAAAGGACAAUUAUUUCGUUCGUUCGCUCGUGAAAGGAAGAUCGUCGCGUGUUUGCGGAAAGAAACAAAUCAAGCGUGGGAAAAAAGUUUAACAAAAAUCACACAACGCACUGUAAACGAGUUAUGAUAAAACUGUGAUUCUAGUUUAUAACUAAGUGAAAUUUUAUUUAAGAUUGCAACAAUCACGCAAGAAUCAAAGAUAUACGUAAUACGGGAAGAUCGUCUGGAACUGUCGGUUCGGUUCGAGUGCGCGCGUGCCAGUGUGAAAGAGAAAUUUAUCAUUAAUCAAAUCCGCGGUAAAACGGUAAACACAUCAAGCAUGGAAAUAAACCAAGUGUGAUUUUGCUUAGGCAAAAGUAAACAUAUAUUAAUUUUAUGUUACUUCUGAUUUCAAUUAUCGGAAUGUUCUUAAACCGUUGCGUUCAACCAUGAGAUACAUCGGCGAUCUCUUAUGAUUUACUGGGAGUGUUAUCGGUACUACACGAAGCAUAAAAGUAAAUAACUUGCAACGCUCCCGGGAACUAGAACAAGUUUCACAGAGACUGUGAAAAAAAUCGUGAAUUCGGAGAAGAAGUGGCAAUAGUGUUGUGUAUGUGUUGUUUAAGUGAUAAGUGAAAUUUUUGGUUAUUAAGUUUUUGUUGGUUGGAUUCUAAGCGGUGGAACAAGUGAAGCCGCCGCUUACAUUGCAGCAUUUGAUGGCACAGCCUAGGUACGACGAUGGCCUGCACGGCUACGGAAUGGACGGUGGAGCAGCGGCAAUGUACGACCCCCACGCAGGCCAUAGGCCGCCUGGGUUAUCCGGUUUACCUCCCCAUCACUCACCUCACAUGAACCAUGCUGCGGCUGCAUCAGUCGGCAUGCACGGUUACCAUGGAACCUCUAGUCAUGUAUCACCAGCCACGAGUCACAUGGGUGCAGUGCAACCAGAUGUGCAUAAACGUGAUAAAGAAGCUAUUUAUGGACACCCGCUAUUCCCGCUAUUGGCACUGAUAUUUGAAAAGUGUGAACUAGCGACGUGUACGCCCCGAGAACCAGGUGUGGCGGGUGGUGAUGUCUGUUCGUCAGAUUCCUUCAGUGAAGAUGUGGCAGUAUUUAGUAAACAGAUACGGCAAGAAAAACCCUACUAUGUGGCGGACCCCGAAGUAGACUCACUUAUGGUGCAAGCUAUUCAAGUGCUACGGUUUCACCUCCUAGAGCUUGAAAAAGUGCACGAACUAUGCGAUAAUUUCUGCCAUCGAUAUAUUUCAUGUUUAAAGGGUAAAAUGCCAAUAGAUUUAGUGAUUGACGAACGGGACACCACCAAACCACCAGAGCUAGGCGGUGCCAAUGGCGAGGGUAGAAGUAAUGCAGAUUCGACAUCACAUACAGAUGGAGCUAGCACACCAGACGUUCGGCCGCCAAGUUCAUCGAUAUCGUACAGCGGUGCAGUGAACGACGACGUGCGGUCACCCGGUUCUGGGAGUACGCCAGGACCUCUAUCAGCGCAACCUCCUCCCGGCCUUGAAACGCCUGAUCCCGGUAAGUGGCCCGUGAUACUGUUAUUCGUAAUUAUCAGUUCCUAACUGUCGGUCCUUCUG